AUGAAUGUGGGCACAUCUUCAGAGCCACUCAUAGCCGUACCUCAGAUGGCCGUUAUAUACACUUACCCUUGCGACGAAAGGCAACCAAUUACUGCAGACGUUAAGAAAAUAUUUCGACAAAUAUUGAUAGACACACGACAUCGUAAAUGGCAACGAUGGCGUGAAUCACCAGAUGAACCUCUUCAAGUAUAUGAAUUGAAGACGGUAACUUAUGGAAUGGCUUGUAGCCCAUUCAACGCAAUACGCGCACUGCGUCAAUGUGCGAAUGACAAUUAUAAGGUCAUCUAUGACCCAAGCCGGGCUGCCGCAGCGCGUCAUAGUAUACUUUAUAAUUUCUACGUUGAUGACUAUUUGGAUAGCGUCGACAGCGACGAACUUUCCGCUACCCGAGCUCAAGACGUAGCAAUGGUUUUGAAACAAGGACAAUUAAUAUUGGGAAAGUGGAAUUCCAACUCUACACAUGUAUUAUCUACAAUAACCGGUACAACAGUUUCCGCAUCGGAACUGGAGUAAGACAACUCAACGACAAAGGUAUUGGGUCUUUACUGGGAUCCAGUGAGUGACGAACUCUUCUUCAAGGUAAGCAUGAUUGACGACACCUCAAUGCAUACUAAACGAAGGGUUUUGAGUGACGUGGCGAAAUUAUACGAUCCAACUAGCACCUGUAAUCGUGUUGGCCAAACUAUUCAUACAGGACUUAUGGAAAGCUGGUCUACCAUGGGAUGCCGAACUCCCAGCAGAGCUGCUCAAUACAUGGUUGAUAUUUCGGAAUAG